UUGAAAGAACAGAGGGGGUGGAGAUGAAGGGUAGGGAAGCCAGUGAUGUGUAGUGGAGGGAAAAUAUGAAUUAAACGAUUUUAUUUUUUCCAAAAUACGGUGGUUUGAAUAUUUGAGGUUAUAUAUAUACCGCGUGCGUUGGGCGGGAACUGUGACGAACACAUUUUUGUGGAGAUGCCCUUUUGAUCUUCUUCGUGCUGUCAAAGGUGAAGCGUCAGCCAUUUUAGUUUUUAAUUUUUUUUCCGUUUUAAGUGUCUCGAGAGGACUAAGCGUUUGUUUUGUUAUUUUUUACGAUUCCGUCUUUCGUGGACAACCGCUCCCAAAAUAACAGAGAGAAGAGACGCUGCGCCAGGCCUCCCUUGACACGGCCUGAAGACUGGACCGACCUGGACAGGAGAACCAUUUACUGUUGCGCGGGUGCUGCUGACUUGGAACGACACGUGACCCUGAAAAUCACCGCUGCCCCAACGCUGCAGAGCUCCAGGGCCCGGGCUAAGUCUAGCGCAGAAACUAUUCUGGAUUUUUCCCCUAAACUUCCUGGGCAAUGAAGGGUUGCAGACUACAGCUGGGUCUAAUAACUGCACAGUAAGGCUGAAGGGCCCAUCACCUUAAUGAAGAAAACUGCCUCAUAUGCAGAGGAGAAGGCCUGAAGCCUUAGUCACCGUUCCUCUGUUUAUUCGGAAGGAUCCAGGAAGCUAGAGCUUCACGGGACGGCUCCCGCUGGAUUGGGAGGGGCAGGCGGGGUUUCGCAUGCAGAGCCAAAGUUGGGUUACGAGUCGCUCGUGCCCUUAAAACACCUUGAACACCUUUCGAAAGGUUGAAAACAAAGCUGACCUAACACUGUCUGGGGCUCUGCCUGAAAUAAUAUCACACCACUCUGAAGAAAUGAGUGCUGAGCCUGAAGAAGCUGAUUGGUUGAUUGGUGGGGAUCGUUUUGUUAUUCCAGUCACUAUUAUAUUCGCUAGUGAUGAUGAUGAUGAUGAUGGUGAAGAGGCUGAUGGCAAUGAAGACAAAAACUUUCCCUCUAUCAAAAAGGAAGGAAGAGGCCGACAUACAAAUACAAAAGAGACGCGUGGAAAGUCCAGCGAGGACACGCAGGACCCUGGUGAUGGAGGCACCGGCGUUGCCAGGGCGACGCGUGAAGACGUCAAAGACCCUCGGCUCGACGGCGGCGGCGACAAGUUGCGUGGGAAGACCUCGUCUCAGCCACCUCCCGGGUGUGGCCGGAGGCUGUAUCCUAGCAACUGGUCAGGGUGUGCAGACGAGGGCGGCGGCCGCACCAAGCUCCACCCCUUCACCAAAACCUCGCACGUGAAACCCGACAGCCGCUCCGUCAAAUCGGACCCGGGCGUGACCAACAGGCGGGGGCGGGGGUGGGGGCGGGGCAGCCCCGCCCGAGGGGGGCAGGAGUUCACCUGCGAGGAGUGCGGCUACUCCACCAACAGCUCCUACAACCUGGCCUGCCACGCCCGCACACACACCGGGGAGCGGCCCUACGCCUGCGCCGGGUGCGGCCUCCACUUCCGAACCCGCAGCAGCCUCAACCGCCACGCCCAGGCGCAGGUCUGCCUGAGGCCAGCGGGGGGCGCCAGACGCCCCGCCCCCGGGCCCAAAGCCGAGCUGCGGGCGUUGGAGUGCGCGGACUGCGGCUACUCCACCCCGAACGCCUACAACCUGAAGGUGCACCGGCGCCUGCACUCCGACGAGCGGCCCUACAGGUGCGGCAGCUGCCACUCCACCUUCCGCACGCAGAGCCACCUGUACCGCCACGAGCGCUGCCACCGGCAGCAGGUGGGCUGACCCGCCCGGGCGUGGCGUCCUCGUACCCGCGCCGGCACGCCCUGCCGACCCGUGAGCAGGAGCAGAGCAGAGACAGCACCGCUGGCUGCUCCUGUUUUUACAGCUGCUCUGUGUGUUCCACAGCCACUCUGUGUUCUACAGCUGCUCUGUGUGUUCUACAGCCACUCUAUGUGUUCCACAGCCACCCUGAGUGGUUGUAGAACACACAGAGUGGCAGUGGAAUGCAUAGAGCAACUGUGGAUCAUAUAGAGCAGCUGUGGAUCAUAUAGAGCAGCUGUGGAUCAUAUAGAGUGGCAGUGGAUCAUAUAGAGUGGCAGUGGAUCAUAUAGAGAGGCAGUGGAUCGUAUAGAGUGGCAGUGGAACACAAGCUGCAGUCCUGGAGGGCCACAGACUCUGCUUUUUGUUUUGUAAGGCUGCCAGUUUGGACCGUUAAAUUUAGAACUUAAGUCCCGGAACACUUCAAAAUCCAGCGGACCCAGCUGGGCCUCCUGGAUACAAGUAAAAAUCGAGAAUCGAGAAAUUGUUUUAUCAGUGCAAUUUUUCGAUUUUUUGAGUUUUCUCUAAUGCUGUUACGAAAAUGCUCCAGUAGCCUGAAAUGAAAGUUUGCGUGAAGAGUGCAGUUCAGUCCCCUUCCCUUAAUCUAGGAUGUUGGCUCUUAUAAUUUUUUUGAAAUGAUCAAAUCCUUCCACAAAGUCUGACAAGUUUUUCUGUUGUGUAUUGUGUGUGUUAAAAUUGGAGCCCCUCUCCCAGUUCAGUAUAGCACCUCUUUGGACCCAAAGGUCAAUCUUAACACUCCUCUGUGAAUUGAGUUAAUGUGUGCAGGUAUGACAGCCAAUUAAAAUGAAGAGAAUGAC